UCUCCGGUAUGGGCAGGCGCCUCACUCCUCAACUUUUUACCGGAGAUUUCACCACAGUUGCGUCCCAUGUGACACGGUUUAUAUCACCUGAAAAUGGAUUUCUGAAUGGAAUAACCCGAAAGUGAGUCCGACGUGAGUGUAUCUGACCGUUUGAAUUCAUUUUUUUUUCUCCGUUGUUCGAGUUGUUGAAGGAAGAGGGGGAAAAUGCCAGUCGCAACUCUUCUGCCUUUUACCGCGACCCCGAAUAGGAAGUCUGUCAGCCCGACCUCUUUCAGGUUGACGGAGAAAUUCAUUUUGUUAUUAGUGUUUAGCGCUUUUAUAACCCUGUGUUUUGGGGCCAUUUUCUUCCUGCCGGACUCGUCCAAGCUGCUCAGCGGAGUUUUCUUUCAUUCCUCCGCGGUGGAGACCAACACCCGCACCGGUCCGGACAGCGGAGACCCGGGUUCGGCUGGAAGCGACGACAGGGUCCUGGCCAAAAUCCGAAAAGACCACGAAAAAGCUCUGCUGGAGGCCAAGGAUACUCUACAAAAACGUCCCGACGAGAUAAAACAAGACAUUUUGAACGACAAGGAGAAAGUUGCAAAGGAGAGUGCGGGUCAAGGUGGGAACGAUGUGAAUACUUUACCUUUCGUUGAGUAUCACCGCCCGCCCGGGGCGACCGGACACGAGCCCCAGGACCCCGAGACGAAGGAGAGACGGGAUAAGAUCAAAGAGAUGAUGAAACAUGCGUGGGGCAGCUACAGGCGCUACGCCUGGGGUUCCAAUGAGCUCCGGCCCAUCUCCAAGCAAGGCCACUCCAGCAAUCUAUUUGGCAGUAUAAAAGGAGCGACAAUAGUGGACGCUCUGGAUACCCUCUACAUCAUGGAGAUGUUUGAGGAGUUUGAUGCUGCUACUGACUGGGUAGAGAAGAACCUCGACUUUAAUGUGAAUGCAGAGGUGUCUGUGUUUGAGGUGAACAUCCGGUUCGUUGGCGGUUUGCUGUCCGCCUACUACCUGUCUGGGAAAGAGGUAUACCGUAGGAAGGCGGUGGAGCUGGGUGAAAAGCUGCUGCCAGCCUUCAAAACGCCCACCGGCAUACCCUGGGCUCUGCUUAACCUCAAGAGUGGUAUUGGCAGAAACUGGCCCUGGGCCUCAGGCGGCAGCAGCAUCCUGGCAGAGUACGGCACCCUGCAUCUGGAGUUCAUGCACCUCAGCAAACUCUCGGGGAAUCCGGACUUCGCACAGAAGGUAAUGAACAUCCGGAAAGUACUGGAUCGCCUGGACAAACCACAGGGGCUUUACCCCAACUACCUGAACCCCAAUAGCGGCCAGUGGGGCCAACAUCACGUGUCCGUGGGGGGCUUAGGCGACAGUUUCUAUGAGUAUCUGCUCAAGGCCUGGCUGAUGUCUGACAGGACUGACGAAGAGGCCAAGAAGAUGUAUUAUGAUGCCCUACAGGCGAUCGAAACCAACCUGAUGAGGAAGUCGAGCAGCGGGCUGACCUACAUAGCGGAGUGGAAGGGGGGGCUGCUGGAGCACAAGAUGGGUCACCUGACCUGCUUCGCAGGUGGCAUGAUCGCUCUGGGCGCUGACGGGGCGGCCAGCGAGAAGACGGGCCACCAGAUGGAGCAGGCCGCCGAGAUCGCCCGGACCUGUCACGAGUCUUACGCCAGAACCGCUUUGAAGCUGGGACCAGAAGCCUUUCGUUUUGACGGCGGAGUUGAGGCCAUUGCCACCCGCCAGAACGAGAAAUACUUCAUCCUCCGCCCCGAGGUCAUAGAGACCUACAUGUACAUGUGGAGGUUCACCCACGACCCUAAAUACAGGCAGUGGGGCUGGGAGGCUGUUCAGGCUUUAGAGCAGCACUGUAAAGUAGAAGGAGGCUACAGCGGCGUCAGAGACGUCUACGCUUCAACCCCCAACCACGAUGACGUGCAGCAGAGCUUCUACUUGGCCGAGACGCUCAAGUACCUCUACCUGCUCUUUUCCGAAGACGACCACCUACCGUUCGACCACUGGGUGUUCAACACCGAGGCUCACCCUCUGCCCGUCAUCAAGAAGGACGUGACGGACAUCCCCAACGAGGUGGAGUAGUGGACUCCUGCGCUGGCGCCCCAAAACAAGUGCGAGAACCUCUGAUCCUGUAGCCCUGAGCCUCCAGCUGUCUGUCUGACAACAGUUUAGCCAUUUGGAGUCCCCAAAGGUUACAGGUGCCUCUUGAUUGGGAUUUCACCUUUUUUUUUUUUUUUUUUUUUUUUUCAUGGGAUCAAAACAGAAAUCAAGCCUGAAUUCUUGCUGUAGAAUCCAGUUUAGUUCGUUUUUGCUUUCGUUGUCGCUGACCAGAACCAACAUGUUUGCUGCCGGAUAACGUAAUAACUCAAGAGAGGGAUAUCAGACGGGUAUUGUGAGUUUCUUUUAACAUUCUUGCAUUGUAAAAGCGGUACUCUCUGAAGACGUCGUUACAUAACGCGGCAGUUUAUUUAACUUCUAGUUGUUUUAAACUGGUCAGAGUGGCAGUCUGACCAGUUAUCACUUUAUUCGUGGGUGAUUUUGUUGUUGCUAGCUGCAGCUUUUUGUGAAGGAGAACACUGACGGAUCUGAAACCGGUCAGCUCCCUAAUGUGGAUAUUUUUUUGGACCUGAGCUUUGGGCACCUAAACCCUGAAAGACUCGUCCGAGGACUACAAGGCCGACUGAGUGAGCUACAGGACGCUCCGCUCGCUUUUCUUUCUGCUGUACCGCUUCAAUAUCUGGACAAGCGCCGGUUUCCCUGCGCCAAAGCCGGUGCCAACACCUCCACCUGCAGCGCCACCCGACUGCUACCGUCUUCAGAGAGGCAUUUUCUCUUUCUAAAAACACGUGGUUGUCUCUGUGGAAGUGAAGGCAGGACGCAGCACAACCCGAGCCUCUUUUUAUAGACCCACAGGACUUUCAAAAAGACCUCUGCUGCCCGUCCCUCAUUACCUGAACACCCGACUGCUUCUUCCUCCCUCCGAGUGUUCGGUGUCCGGCCACACCAGCUCUCUGAGCCCGACAGUAGUUUCACUCCCUCCCCAGGACGUCUACACAAAGCUGUCGCUGUCCUUCCGCUCAUCUCAUCUUCAUCUGGCUUUUUUGGGAUCCUGGAUUGUAUUCUCUUCCUCACAUUUGCACCGAUAUUUCUGGGGUUUGACCGAUACAGGUUUCAAAACUGAUGAAAACGAAUUUAAAUCUAGUUUUUUGUUUGCAGUUUUCCCCCUUGGGAUUUCAUUGGUUGCUAAAAAAACAACCCAGUCAAUGAUUUCAGGGUUUUGAAAGUACUAAGAAUUUAAAAAAACCUUACCUCCAGGUCCAGCAUAAUGAUGCGUUAGACUAUAAGAUGCAGCUCAAUCCUUUUUUUACAUAUUCUUUAGCAAACUACUAUUGGCUAGUCAAGAAAUGAAGAAAUUGAAUUUGGAUACUCCACAAAUAACCCUCUGCAAAUGUUAGCUCCAGCAUAGGGCAGCCCGUAGGAUCUUCUCUCCUCUAUGAGGAGACGCAGACACUCGUCUUUGCUGUUCUAUCCCACCUCCACACACACCAGAAGCCAUACUGAUUCUAAACAGCUUUACCAUUCUGUCGUCCAGAUGUGUGACUGUAUCGAUACAUUUUUUUCAUCAUCGUACGAACUCGUCAAAGUCGGUUACUUAGUUGGAUGUCAUGGUAAAGAUUUCUCCUGAUGACCACACAGACCUGUAGCCAGAUACAAUCCAGUUUAGUCUUCUAGUGCCUUCACUGGUGAGAAGGAGGAGUCGGAGGGAGAAGCAGCUCACACAAACACAAAUGAAGCUUAAAGUAAAGUCCCCGUGCCUCCGACGAGGAUCGUACCAAAACUACACACUGAUUGAAGGAGAAUUUAUGUAUUUAUUUGAUAUUUAAUGUAAAUUUGGUUUGAAAGUAGCCCAAGAGUCCAAAGGUCCGUCUGCGGAUCACAUGAAAUAAUAUCAUAAUUAAAAAGUCAUUAAUUUAUUUCCCCAGAGGCCAACAUCUGUCAAGAACCGUUAAAUGCUUUGAGACCAGCAGGAGUCCCAGUUACGGUCAUUUCUUGGACUACACUGACAUCUAGUGGUGAGACCCUCCUGUUACAGUCCACAUGGGCUGAAUGAGUCUAAACGCUUUGGUGAGGAUCACCAUGUAUAUCAGUGACUGCUCCAUAAUGAUCUGGACUUUACAAAGUUAAAUCCCUGGAUCUUUGAAAUGGUCCAUUCGUUGUUGUUUUGCAGGUUUAAAGACGUUUGGCUAACGUGUCACAGAGCAGUUUUUGGGAAAUAUUCUUGAUGCUGUCAUGGCUCGUGGUUUUUGGUUUUAACCAAAUUUCAACCAAACAAUACUGUGAUGGAGUCACUUGUGAAUUACUUCCCAAAUGUAACGUCCCCCAUACAUCCAAAUCUGUUGAGUGUUCUGCUGCGGGGAGAUGUGAUGAGUAGACACUUCACAACAAGAAGAGCUCUUAAAACCUUCAAAUCAAAUAGAAACGUAAGAGAAAAGGCAGAGAAGAGGUAAAAGACUCGCUGAUUUUGCUUCACAAGAAAACAAGAAAUGGUUCAACUACAAAGUGUUUGAGCUGCAAAUGUUGGUUUUAAAUCCAGUUAAACGUUUAAAUAAUAAGACCCACCCGUGGCCGGUCCCGUCCUCUUUAAUAUGGUUUGGAGUUGCUGAGCUGUGAGGAAUCCCUCCACGUGCUUCACAUCACUGUACAGACGACGUGUCCUCGUGUUUGUCUGUGUUUCUGUUCAGUCACACUCGGUUUAGAGGCAGUUAGUGUCCACGUGAUGUUGUCUUGUAACCGUUGAUUUUUGCUGAUUGUGUUAAUUUAUUCUGUAGUAGUCGACAUAGGACUCUGAGCUUGUGGGAGCUGACCCCCGGGUGGCGCUGUGGGUUCCCUGAUUCAUGACUGGACCCGAGGUCUGUCAUUUUUUAACAUCAAUGAUGUAAGUUACCACAACGGUCUCAAAAUAAUGAUAUAGAUAUAGAUAUACCAAUGCUAUCGGCAAUGAAUUGUAGGUGUUAAAAAAUGCUACACACGUUACCUUUAAAGUGAUGUUAGCAGAAAGACGGACCUGGGAGUCAAUCAAACAUUAUUGGAGGAUAGAAAUUGUAUGAAUGUACCAUCCAAUGUGAAGUGAAGAAUAUUUUAUAUGCAUUUAUUUGUUUUUGGUCUUGUGUUCGCUUCUCUGUGCUUUUGUUUUUGUUGUUUUUUUCUUUCAUCUUGGAAAGCACAAAACGUGGAAUCAGUGAAUGAACGCAGGCAGAGAGACGUCUGUAGUUUCCUCAAGACAGAAAGAAACGAGCAGCGACGGCACGCCGUUAACGUAGGAAACGAUCCAAGUCUGCCGCAUGAGGCGCAUCGGUACACGGUGGAGGCACAGGAAUAUUCAGCGACAAAGUGUAACCUGGAUCUGUUGAAGUGUUCACUGUACAGAACAGUGUUCAGACCCUGAAGCUGCUUCAUAUCGAUGCAGAGGAGACGUCCUUCCUGUGUCCUUCAUCAGUGUUUUGGUUCAUGUUUGUCGAGCUCGUAGACGUGCGUGUUCACCUCGUUGGCACAGAGAACACUUGUAGGGAAAGCAGUGCUACAAUGUAGCUCAGUGUCCAUUUAAAGACAUUUAAUUAGCUUCUUAUCCGAUCAAUUUCAAAAACAAACCUUAGCUCAAAUACACCGAAAGAAGGUCAUCAACUGGUGCCGUGGGUGGAAGUAAUGGAGUAACUUGUGGUGGUGGUGGUGUUCCAUCCUUAGUGGUUUGUAAACUCAGCACAGAGUUAAAUUUAAAGGUGUGUCUAUUUAAGGUGAAGCUUUAUUUAUAAUCCUACAGAGAUUGUAAUAGAAGGGGGUUAUACUUGUUGUUUUCCUAUUAUAAUAGUGUGGGUCACUUUUCGGGCAUUUUGAAUGGACAUGUUUGUACUUUUAGAGCGUAACAGUCUCCCUCACCGAUAAGAUUUGUCGGAGCAACUCAACAUUCUGAAAUCAGAUUUGUUUUGGGGGCAUUUUGUGGAUUAUAAAUAUGUUAAAGUAACUGUGUCGACUUGCAAACCUAUUUUGGAACCAGGGAGGUUUAGAAACAUCAGUCCGAUGUUUGGCUUGUGAUUUAGACUUAAAGGGCUGAUGAGGAAAUCUUUAGUCUUUACAACAUCCGGCCCGACAUCUGGUUGGAUUUACCUGGAAAAGUUUUCGACACGUUGUUUCUGCUCUUGUGACACUGAUCUGGUCGUUUCACUGCCUGAAUAGGAAGGAGAUGCAGAAUGUACUUUGGUUUUUCAUGUGAGCCGUCGGUGUGAGAUCUGCUUCAGCUUCAACAGACUGUGACAUCAGGCUCACUUCCAUAUGCAGAAUCUAUUGUAUCUUUUUGUUAUUUGUCCAACAAGGUUGAAUAGGUUUUGUUUUUGUUGGUGAUUUUCUGAAUAUUGUGCUGAUGAUCUGUUGCGUUCCGAUGCCCGUUUAUUGGUGAAUAUUAAAGGGGAACGCCAACUUCUUUAAAUAUGAAGUCAGUCCCAGUGACGACGCACCACUUCUAAUCUAUCUCACACUGAAAUCAUGACUUUACUCUGGAGUGGUGUGCGAUCACUGAACGGGACCGACCUGUCAAAACAAGCAGGGUCUUUACAGAGGCUGGCGUUUCCCUUUAAAGUGUGAAGCCAACCUCAGAAAUGUGUCUGUACAAAAUAUUGCUGAUAAUCAUUCCAUUGCACAUAGUUUACUUUGCGUUUAUAUGCAAUGUCUUAAUUUUGUGGGGAAAUCUUGUUUUGUUGUGUUAAUAUUAUUAUUGAAAAAAAUGUAAAUAUUCCAUUCCGGCAAAUGUGCCGUCCUACAUUUAUAUAAAAACAAUCUUCUGAGUUUAUGGAUUAAAAUGAUAUUAAUAAGCAGCAGACUUUUUAAUAAACUAUAUUUGUUACACUUCUAUUGUGAAUAAAAUAAUCUUUUAAUAAGUGGUGGUUUGGGAUUUGUGUUGUGUCUUAAGUUAUCAUCCAGCUUCAACGUUUCACGUUGAAACACAUUCAUUGCAAUUUAUUCUGACGGCAAUGCUUCAGUCAGUUAAAAACAAUGUAGUGAGGUGAAUGAAUGAUCUUAAGUUACUGAUACAUACGCAGUUUGUGCUGAUUGACUGAUUCAUUCUUGAGAGCUUUAACAUUUGAACAUUACCUGAAGGGCCCGUUUGUCCCUUUCAGAAUAAAACCCUUUGCUACACAGAAAGUUAUGCAUUUCGUGAACAGAAACAACAACAAUGUCAGUGUGAGUCACAGUUUGCACUCUCUGCUGUGGGCCGGUCCGCUCUGUGUGAGCACCAAAGCUCUCCAACAAAUGAGUCAUUGGAAGCAAGAAAACAAGACGGUUUCCCUCUCGUCUGCAAAGGUUCUGUUUAGUGUUCAAAUGACUUUAAAAAACACCAACCACAGAUACCAGAAGUUACAAAAUAUAAGAUUUAUACAUCAACAUAUUUCUCAGUAGGUUUUUCUUCAUAAAUGCGUACCUCCUCCCUGUCCAAGCGUGUGGGAGAACUACGGUGGCCCUCAGAGGACUUAUUAAGGUGAAAGGCUCUCUGUAGAGCCAGUGUUUGGUUUGUCCACUCUGGGCUGCUGUAGAAACGUGGAGGUGCAACAGGGCGGACUCUCAUAUGGAGAUAAACACGGCUCAUUCCAAGCUAACGACAACAAGGAUUCUUAGUUUCAGGUGGUUGUACCCUAAUGCAAGUUAUAUUUCAUUCCUCCCUAUAGAUCCCUCCACACUGGCCCUUUAUAUGUGACUUUCUUCUGGAGCGUAGAAGCUCAUUCUGUACCUCAGUAAGCCCUUGAGUUGUGAUUUCCUUUUGUCAUGUUUGUCAUGAGACCUUUGACUCAGUUUCAACACUUAUGAAGAAGAAAAAAAAAAAAGAAUAAUUCCAAAUCAUAUCUCUUUCUAAUUUUUCACAAUAUUGUUCCCAUUAUCUUAUUUUCUCACUGCACAGCUACUGU